AUGACCGCCAAUUUUAGUCUUGAAGAUUUUCAAAUCCAGUUUCAUAGACUUUCUGCUGCUCAACUGGGAUACUUGGUUGAUCCGUUUGUCCAUCUUUUUGUCCGACGUCCUGUUCGUCGCUCACCUAUCAUCAACCGUGGCACGUUUAUUCGCCAACGUGCCCUUGACAGUCUUGUUGAACAAUUCUUACAAUCUCCAGGCCCAAAGAAACAGAUUGUAGCUCUGGGUGCAGGUUUUGACACUCGGUACUUUAUCAUUAAGUCAGGUCCUGGUGCUGAAAAUCUGAAAAAGUACUUUGAGGUUGAUUUUCCUGAGCUGACUGUUAAGAAGGCCAUGUCUAUCCAACGGCAUCCUGCUCUCCACAAUAUAUUGGGUCCGAAAGAAGACAUUCGUUUGGAGAAAGGAGGCACUGAGCUUAUCGGGCCAGAUUAUUGCUUGGUUGGUGGUGAUUUACGCGAAUGGGAUCAAGUUGCUGCCCGUUUAAUUCAUCAUGGAUUAGAUCCUACUAUUCCAACUAUGUUUCUAUCCGAGUGUGUGUUUAUAUACAUCGCACCCGAGGUUUCGCAGUAUAUCCUUGAAUGGAUUACGCGUGAGAUUAAGCAAGCCAUGUUUGUUUUGUAUGAGCAAAUCAAACCAGACGAUGCGUUUGGACGUAUGAUGCUUAAGAAUCUACAGGAACGUUCAAUUGAACUAAAGGGUAUACAUGCCUAUCCGGACUUGAGUGCACAGGAAAACAGGUUUAUGGGAUUAGGCUGGCAAAAAGCAAAGGCAGUAGAUAUCAAUGAAUUGCAUGACCAUUGGCUCGAUGUCACAGAAAAGUCCAGAAUUGCGCGACUGGAGAUACUGGAUGAAUUAGAGGAAUGGCACCUUUUGUCCAGUCACUAUUGUGUUUCAUGGGCUUACAAGACGGACGAACCUGAUACUCCAUGGAGCUCAAUUGAUCUUAAAAAGGCUAAAAAACAUACUUGA